AUGGGUCGUCCCCCCAAGAAGACUGCUGUUCUCCCCAAGAGCAACACGGCGGAGCUGCUGGCUAAAGGUCACCAGUCGGAGCCUGCGACGCGGAAGCCACUGCUGAAGGAGACGGUCGGUCCUUUCGCGGAUGACACACGGCUGUCGUUGGAGAAGAAGUUGGCCUCCUUGAGCUUCAAGAACCUGGAGGACAAUGCAUCGGGGGAGGCAUCUAACGCAGAAGGCGGGAAGGGAAAAGAGGCUGAACUCGAGGCGCCGGCUGCAGACCCUCGCCCAGCAUCUGUGGAGGAGGAGGAUGAGGACGAAGAAGAGGAUGACGGGUUUUUGAGUGACGAUCCGGAAGAGCGCCUGGAUCCAGUGCGUGCGGGGGAAAUCGCGGCUCUCGCGGGCUACACGCUUACCCUGCUGGUCCCGAAGAAGUUCGUGGAUGAGGUGCCGCGCACCAUUGACACGGUGAAGGAACUGCUGGUCAUCUGGAGGAAGGCCUUGACGGCGCACGCGCAGACAUCGACGAAGCUCCAAAAGCGUGGACGCCCCCCGUAUCUGUCUGGUGCCGCUUUCCACCGCGUGGUGGACCCUGUUACGGGGACUCACACGCACAAGAUCAAGGGGUUGGUGAAAACCCACCCGGGGGAUAAGUAUCGCUGGACGCUAACGGCCGUCUCCAUCCCUCCGUGA